AUGUCAUUAGCACAGGCAACGAAAGGCGACAUGGCCUACCAAGUGCGCUCACUCUACCGCUCCCUGCUGCGCCAAAGCGGGCAAUUCGCCGCCUACAAUUUCCGCGAGUAUGCCAAACGGAGAACGCGCGAUGCGUUCCGAGACAGCAAGAACAUAACCGAGGAGCGGACAAUACAGGAGUUGGUGCAGAAGGGCUUGAAUGAAUUGCAGAUGCUAAAGAGGCAAACGGUGAUCAGCCAAUUCUACCAGAUCGACCGAUUGGUCGUCGAAGGUGGAAGAGAGGGCAAGCAAAAAGGGGAUAGAAGUGACAUUGUCAGAGUGAAGGACCAGGGCUGGGAUUGA